AUGGAGAUGCAAUCCUAUUAUGCCAAGCUCUUGGGGGAGUUGAAUGAACAGCGCAAGAGGGACUUUUUCUGUGACUGUAGCAUCAUUGUGGAGGGGCGGAUCUUCAAGGCCCACAGGAACAUUUUGUUUGCCAACAGUGGCUACUUCCGAGCCCUGCUCAUUCACUACAUUCAGGAUAGUGGGCGGCACAGCACUGCCUCCUUGGACAUUGUCACCUCUGAUGCCUUUUCCACCAUCUUAGACUUCCUUUAUUCCGGGAAAUUGGAUUUGUGUGGGGAGAAUGUGAUUGAAGUUAUGUCGGCUGCCAGCUACCUGCAGAUGAACGAUGUGGUGAACUUCUGCAAGGCAUACAUCAGGUCAUCCCUUGAUAUUUGUCGAAAGAUGGAGAAGGAGGCCGCUGUGGCUGCAGCGGUGGCAGCAGCAGCAGCAGCAGCAGCCGCAGCUCAUCAAGUGGACAAUGGAAGCCCCAGUUCAGGCCGGGAAGGAACCUCUUGUGGUCUCAAGAACUUGGUUUCCUCUCCAGCCAAGGGAGAAGAGAGUGUAGAUUGUCCAAGAAAGGCUCCUUGUGGUGACUGUGGAGGCUGCCACCCCUUGGAACUGGUGGUGAAAGACAGCCAGGGCUAUGGUUCAGCUGGGAGUGACGUCCCUACUCCUCCCAAACGGAUAGAGCCCAAGGUGGAGUUUGAUGCUGAUGAAGUGGAGGUGGAGGUUGGUGAACAGCUUCAGCCAUAUGCCACCCCACUGAGCCUGGCCCACAUGGAGGAAGGCUUGCCCAGUGGCCAGGCUGUUGACUUGGCAUAUAGUAACUACCAUGUGAAGCAAUUCCUGGAGGCACUCUUGCGCAACAGUGUUGUCCAGAGCAAAGAUGACUCAGACCAUCACUUAUCUCAGAGUUUGGAGGGAAGACCAGAUGGUGCAGGAGUAGCCAUGAAUUCUCUGAUGGAUGUCCAGGCUGACUGGUAUGGAGAGGACACAGGUGAUGUGUUGGUGGUCCCCAUCAAGCUCCACAAGUGUCCUUUCUGCCCUUACACUGCCAAGCAGAAGGGCAUCCUUAAGCGGCACAUCCGCUCACACACGGGUGAGCGGCCCUACCCCUGUGAGACCUGUGGCAAGAGGUUCACCCGGCAGGAGCACCUGCGGAGUCAUGCCCUGAGCGUCCACAGGUCCAACCGUCCGAUCAUCUGCAAGGGCUGCCGAAGAACCUUCACGAGUCACCUGUCACAGGGGCUGCGGCGCUUUGGGCUGUGUGACAGCUGCACCUGUGUUACGGACACACACGACGAUGACGAUGACUUGAUGCCCAUCAACCUUAGCCUGGCGGAGGCUUCAUCCGAAAGCCAAGAAAAGAGUGACACAGACAACGACUGGCCAAUCUACGUAGGGUCUGGAGAGGAAGACGACCCUGCCAGAGAUGACUCUGAUGACAAGCCACAGAUGCAGCCCAGCUUAUCAGACCAAGAAACACUUAUCUAGCAAUAGGUUGGCAGGGAAGAGGUGUAGAAUUUGCUAUUGCUCCUUCUGUGAUUGAAAGCUCUCCAUUUGUUCAGUUUUGUGGAACCCUGAGAGGAAUGUUCUUUCGCUGUUACUACAUUUGCAUUUUUGUUAGACCACGUGGUGGAGGUUGGAUUUGGUGACUCAAAGGACAAUUAAUUUUUUUUAGUGUGGUGUCCUUGGUUUCUGAGGGCUUUGCCAGCCACUCCUUCAUUUUGAGUGAAUCCAGGCGGGUACUGAGGCUUCCCGUUUUUCCUGUUGUGCAUCCAAACCCUGGUUAAGGGAGAAGCGAGAAAAUCUCCACACUUGUUUACGUAUUGUCCUCGUUUGUUCGCAUUGCUUUGUCAUCAUCCUCUUUCUCUGAAGAGGUGGGCAAGAGUAUAUUAAGUUUCAGGAUCAAUCUUUUCUUUGCCAUACCUCUCCUAAUGAAUUUCACAUUUUAAUUUUCUGGCAAAGUAUCAACAAGAAAGCCUCAUUGAUAUAAGGCAGGCAAGGCUGUCUGAUUUCAUGAUCAUAAAAGGUACUUUCUAAUUCUGAGACUGCAAUUUUAAAGGCUGGGGCUAUUUAUGUGCAGACAAGCAUGGAAAGGAGCUGAAAGGCUCAUGGUGUCCCCUGACUUGCACUGCUGAAUUAAAUUUCAAGUUCACUCCAGGAAGGGACCCUGGGGGGCAAGGUCUAGGUGGUCUCCCUGUCUGAUUCGGCAUCUGACACUUCUACACACAUGAACAACCUGUUCUAUGAUCUUUAAACAAGUCAUUUGGCAAAACUCUACUUUUUCCAGCCAUUUCCACGAACCAUUGCUGUGUAACCUGGAAAUGUAGCCACUACUGACUUUUCUUUUAUCUAAUUUAUGAAAAGAACUUUAACUGGAGUAAUAGUGCAAGCCAUAAAAAGAAGUCAUACUUCUAAAUCUUUUAAAAGAUCCUCUGGUGGGAAAAAGGAGGGUUAGGAGAACAAGUUUUUAAAACCAGUCUACUUUUCACCUGCUUUGCAGUCAUCCAAUUAUUCUAACAAAAGCAACUGAACUUCCUUAAAAGGUUCAUGGGCAGGAAGUAUAAGGAACUGAGGAUGUAAUUUAAGGCAUGUUCAUAAUUUUAUCAUAUCUAAAAAUGGAUUCUAAACAAAAUCUUUUUUUCUCCCUUUUAGUACAGUUUUGUUUCAAAAGGCAGUAAAAGCACUCUCCCUUCCUUUCUGCCUUUUGAACAAAAAAAAUUAAUCAAAACAUUACAAAUUGGCUUUAAGUGUUCGUCAUUGAAGAGUUGGAAAGGUAUUUAAACUGUGCUUCUCAGUAGAAGUUAGAAUCCAGAACAGUGCUACUCAAACCGAGGCCCAGACAGGCACUAAUCUAUGAAUUAUUUACUACCUGUCUGCGACAAGGAAAGUCAGAAAUUAAGAGUGAGCAUAGAGAAACUUUUAUAACAAUUUGAUAUUGCUGCAAAACCCAAGUGUGUGAUCAGCGUUCUCGUACCUAUUGAACAGGGCAUGGAUAAGCGCAGUUGUGCUAAGCUGCGUGGUAUAGACAUUGGAUACCUGUCUACACAGUUGGGCCGUGUAUUGGUCUGCCAUGGGUUGGAAAUUUAAAAACUGGUCUUUUACCACAGAAGGUUUGCAAAUCGUUGUUCUAGGUCAAGAAUUACAAAUUGAAAAUAGUCAGGGAUAAGAAACGUUUUUCUCACCCAAAAUAAAAAUAUUAGCUGUUGUUUUAAAAGAGGGAACUUAGCAAAUGAGAAAGCUAAAGGGAUGCAUAGAAGAUUUGCUCUGCAAGGAGUUAUGUUUGAUAUUUUUGCCCUUUCUGUUUAAAUUAUUUAUGAUAUUUUAAUAUGACUUUUCUACCUUACAGUUCAACUUUGCUCCCUGCUUUUUCUGGUAACCCCAUGACCUAUUCAUGGGGUGAGCAAAAAGUCCAACAUUAGAGAUUUCACUAUAAGACAAUGAUUCUCAACCAGGGCAAUUUUGCUCCCUGGGGGACAUCUGACAAUGUCUGGAGACAUUCUUGAUUGUUAUGAUCUGCUGGCCUCUAGUGGGUAAAGGUCAGGGAUGCUGUAAAGAUCCUACAGUGCACAGGACAGCCCCUCCACAACAAAGAAUUUUCCAGUCCCAAUGUCAAUAGUAGCAAGAUUGAGAUAUCUUGAUGUAAGAUAAAGUAAGAUUUAAAAAAAUGACCAUUAAUGAGUGAAACUAAUCUUGUGUUAUACUUCAGACUACCUUUUACCUUCCUAAUAUUUCAUAGGCCCUGAUGCUUUCACACAUUUUAGAAAAUAGUGGAUUAGUAAAAUGGGAGAACUGAGGCCAGGAUGGGUCACAGCUUGUCCAAGAUCUGAUUAGGUAUAUGAUGUGGAAACUUGGGAAUUUUGACACUGAUUCAUACACCCAGAACCAUUACUAGGUUCUGAUAAUUUUAUUAAAUUUUAAAGUAGCAGCAUCAUUGGGAGAAAAGCUGCAUGGAAGCUUAAUAUUUGAGUGAGUCCCGUUCUGCCAUAAAGCCUCAGUUUGUUGCAUUCCUGUUUGUUUGUUGGCAUUGGCAAUAACUGUUUGUAACACUGAAUUCUAUAACUUUUAAAAGAAAUACUUGUUUUGUCUGGACUACUGGAUCAUAAGCUGGUUCUCUGUUUUAAAUUUCUGUACACAUUUUGGUGGUAUUUAUAAUGUGCACAGUGUCUUUGAGGUUUAAUUCAGGGAGCUGGUAUUAUUUUUAUAAGUAAAUUCACAGUUGGGCCUGACACAGACCGUUAGUGAUUUAGUUUUUAUUCUGGCAUAUUUCUGGCACAUUCAGCAAACUCACAAAGGGAUAUUUUAAAUCUUAUAUAUUAAUAUAUUGUCUGGGUGGAAUAGGAUUCUUACUUGUAGAAUUAAAAAAUGGCACCCUUGGGAAGUUGCUUCUCUUGAGGGAAGGGAACAGGCUUUCAUCACCAGGGUUAAGAAGGAAUGUAAAUAAGGCUUGUAAAUCCUAAAUUCAGAAAUUAUACAGAGCAUCAUGAUUUCUGGUCAUUUGGCAGAAAGAUACCAUUAUGAUGUAUAUAUUUUGGAGGCCACAAGACUGAAUAUUCCUUGAGAAAGCUGCUUUCUUAGUAGUCUGCAAAAUGUUGUGGAAUUGAGUAUUCUGGUGUUCAGAAUACUAUGAUUUUUUGUUGUUGUUGUUAACUGAUGUUGUGACAAACCCCACAGGGAAAAAGUAACAGAUAGGGCUGCAUGCACUGAUUAUGAGAGCAGUGGGGAAGACAGGAAUGGCCUUGGUCAGCUGAAUUCAGAUUGUUCCAUUUGGACUUCUGGGUUUUUCUCGU